AUGACCGCAUCCAGCUCAAAACACGCCAACGGCACUCACGACCACCACGAGGAUGACGACGACUCCCACGACGAGGAACUCCUCCGCGCAGCUGCACAGGCCGACAACCAAGACCACCAUUCGGCGCCAUCCACCUCGACCAACUCUCCCGCACCCAUGGCUCGCUCCGCCUCCUCCCAGCAGCGCGGCCGCAAGCCCGCAGAGCCAGAGGUCGACCCCGCCGUGCACGAACAGCGCAUAGACAGACUAAAGACCCUCCUCCAGAGAUCCAGCGUAUACUCGCGCCUCAUGGGCGAAAAGAUGGAGAGGGAACGCGAGGCUCGCCAUGCCGCCGCCAAGAAGAAGAGCGCACAGCGUGCUCCGACCACCGCCGCCGAGCCUCAACCCGCUCCCACCGUCCGCAAGACCCGCUCCGGCGCCACCGCUACAGAGCCCGCCGCACCCGCACCCACCACCGAGCGCGACGCACGCCGCAAGGACAACCGCAAGCGCAAGGCAGAAGAGUCCCUCACCAGCUACCUCGACGAAAACGACCUCGAGACCGCAAAGCAACAGGCAGAGGAAGAGCAGGCCAACAAAAAGUCCAAGUCCCAAGCAGACGCAGACGCCGCCACCGACGCCGACAACCCCAACAAGGACGCCUCCGGCCGUCGCAACCAGCCCAAACUCGUCACAGGCGCAAAGAUGCGCGAGUACCAGCUCGACGGCCUCGAGUGGCUCAUCAGCCUCUACGAAAACGGUCUCAACGGCAUCCUCGCAGACGAAAUGGGCCUCGGCAAGACCCUCCAGACCAUCUCCUUCCUCGCACACCUCCGCGAGAAGGGUGUCUGGGGCCCCUUCCUCGUCGUCGCCCCGCUCUCCACCAUCAACAACUGGGUGCUCGAGUUCGAACGUUUCACCCCCGACAUCCCAGCUCUGAUGUAUCACGGGAACCCCGACGAGCGUCGUGCCAUGCGCGACAAGAAGAUGCGCCUGUCCAAGGACAAGGACGCCCGCAUGCGCUUCCCCAUCGUCGUCACCAGCUACGAGCUCAUCAUCCGCGACCGCAAGUGGCUCGCCAACUACCCGUGGAAGUUUAUCGUCGUCGACGAGGGCCACCGCCUCAAGAACCUCAACUGCCGCCUCAUCCGCGAACUCAAGCUCUUCGAGAGCGCCAACCGCCUCAUCCUCUCCGGCACCCCGCUCCACAACAACCUCGCCGAACUCUGGUCGCUCCUCAACUUUAUCCUGCCCGACAUCUUUGACGACCUCGCCACGUUCGAGGCCUGGUUCGACUUUUCUGACAUUCACGACGACCAGGGCUCCAACCGCAUCCUCUCGAAGGAAAACACCACCCAGGUCAUCACACAGCUCCACGAGAUCCUCAAGCCUUUCCUCCUGCGUAGGCUCAAGGCAGACGUCGAGACCGACCUGCCGCCCAAGAAGGAGUAUCUCCUCUAUGCGCCGCUCACCGAGCUCCAGAAGGAGCUCUACAACUCGGUCGUCAGCGGCGAGAUCCGACGCUGGCUCCUCCAGCGCAAGACCGGCCUGCCGUGGCCCGAGAUCCAGCAGAUCCUCGACGACCCCGAUGGCAUCAACACCGCCUCCUCCUCGGUCCCCACCACCCGCGUCGCCUCGGCCGCCCAGAGCCGCCGCCACUCUCCCAUUGCCGUUGACGACUACGAGCCCGAAGAGGAGCCUGUGGUGGAAAAGCGCAAGCGAGGACGCCCUCGUAAGGACGCCGCCGCCAACCUCAAGUCGUCGCGUGCUUCGACGGCGAGCGCGUAUGCCGAAGACGACAUCUCGGCCUCGGGCGCCUCGACCCCGCGCCACCAGUCCGCUCGACGUGCCAAGCGCGGCGUCAACUACCAGGUGGACGAAUUGACGGACAACAGCUACUUUGACCGGCUCGAGGAGGAGCUGCGCCGCGAGCCCGAGCAGCUCACCGCGUCGCAGGCAGAGCGACAGGGCAAGCUCUACUCGAUCCGCGAGGCGCAGCGCCAGAUCAAAAAUAUGCAUCUCGAAAACAUCGUCAUGCAGGCACGCAAGAUCUGCAACCAUCCCUUUCUGUUCGACUGGCCCGUGGACAAGGCGACGGGCACCUACGUGGUCAACAAGGACCUCAUCAAUGCGUCGGGCAAGAUGCUCAUGCUCAACCGGCUGCUCGAUGCGCUUUUCGAGCGUGGGCACAAGGUGCUCAUCUUUAGCCAGUUUACCACCAUGCUCGACAUCGUCGAGGAGUGGGCCAACGAGUUCAAGCAGCUGCGCACCUGCCGCAUCGACGGCACUACGCCGCAGGAAGAGAGGAGGGCGCAGAUGAAGUCGUUCAACGAGGACAAGGGCAAGGAUGCGUGCAACCUGUUCCUGCUCAGCACGCGCGCCGGUGGUCUCGGCAUCAACCUGGUCGCUGCCGACACGGUCAUCUUCUACGACUCGGACUGGAACCCGCAGAUGGAUCUGCAGGCGCAGGACCGAGUUCACCGCAUCGGCCAAACCAAGCCCGUGCUGAUCUUCCGACUCGUGUCGGCGAAUACGGUGGAGCAAAAGAUCCUCAAGCGCGCUGGCAACAAACGCAAGCUCGAGGCGCUCGUCAUCCAGCAGGGCAAGUUCCGACUUCCUGCGGGCUACCAAUCCUCGCUCCCCGUGGGCAAGAAGAAGGAAGACCAGCUGCGCGAGAUUGCAACGCAGCUGCUGGCGCUCGAGUCCGAGCAGGUGUUUUUGGUGAAGGACGAAAACGACCACAUCAUCUCGGAUGACAACCUCGAAAAGCUGCUCGACCGGUCCGAGGCGGCGUACCAGAGGACCAUGGGCUGGGUGUCCAACGCCGACGACAAGGAUGCGCCAAGGAAGCCAGGCAGGAAGGCGGUCAGGACCGCGUUCGAGGUGACAGAGACAAAUACGGACGAGGCCAACGAGCAGAUUGCCAAGCUGCUGGCUGGUGCGUAG